AUGAAACGACUACUUUUAACACUUUGGGCAACCAUCGAUGAGUACAAGCCUCAGGAUGCGACCACAAACCCGUCUCUCAUCCUGGCUGCUGCCAAGAUGCCCGCCUACCAGCACCUGGUGGACCAGGCCAUCAAAUACGGCAUCGCCAAAGGAGGAAACGAGGAGGAGCAGGUCGCCAACACGAUGGACAAGCUGUUUGUGAGUUUCGGACUGGAAAUUCUCAAAAAGGUCCCGGGAAGAGUCUCCACAGAGGUGGACGCCAGGCUGUCUUUUGAUAAAGAGGAAAUGGUGGAACGAGCCCUGAAGCUGAUCGCUCUGUACGAGGAGGCCGGUAUCAGUAAAGAGCGCGUGCUCAUCAAACUGUCCUCGACCUGGGAGGGGAUCCAGGCCGGGAGUUAUUAUGCAAGGCUGUUUUACUGCUCUAAGGCCUGUGAUCUGGAGAAGCUGCACCUGGAUGAGAAAGCUUUCCGCUGGCAGCACAACGAGGACCGAAUGGCCGUGGAAAAGCUGUCCGACGGCAUCCGCAAGUUUGCUGCCGACGCCAUCAAGCUGGAGACGAUGAUCAAAGUAGGAAAACCCUCAAACGGAGUCAUUUCAGGGGCCUGUGAUCUGGAGAAGCUGCACCUGGACGAGAAAGCUUUCCGCUGGCAGCACAACGAGGACCGAAUGGCCGUGGAAAAGCUGUCCGACGGCAUCCGCAAGUUUGCUGCCGACGCCAUCAAGCUGGAGACGAUGAUCAAAGUAGGAAAACCCUCAAACGGAUCCGCGCACAUCAUGUCUAACGUGUCACCAGACAAACGGAGGAAGAUGGAGUCAGCCCUGAACCAGCUGAAGAAGUUCACCGUGGUGGUGGCGGACACGGGAGACUUUAACGGCUCCCGGUCCGCGCACAUCAUGUCUAACGUGUCACCAGACAAACGGAGGAAGAUGGAGUCAGCCCUGAACCAGCUAAAGAAGUUCACCGUGGUGGUGGCGGACACGGGAGACUUUAACGGGGACCCUAAGGCCCCGGUGGUGUACCAGGUGGAGCGGACCCGGGACGGCCAGAGCUUUAUGGUGCGUUCGGUGAAGGCCCUGCAGCACGGCCAUCCCAUAAUGACCUUCCAGGCCUCCUUCCACGUUCCUCAGACCAGCCCCAUCCAGCACCAGUUCACCAUGCCGGCCGUGCCAAAGCCCGAGGAGCUGCUCUCCGUGGAGGAGCUCAUCCAGGACUACCUCGGUAAACCAGACCUGAAGGAGAGUGCCAAAGAACGGCUUAAAAAAAUGAUAGCCAGUGAGAUACCCAUUGAAUUAAAGCCCAUCAACCCAUCGCAUUUUUACAAACAGAAGCCAGAAGAACCCAAGACGAUGUUCUGGGGACGAGCACGAGGACAUAUCGGAAACUAUCUCUCCUUUUUUCCUGCCCGUCUCUCCCCUUUUUCUUCUUCUUUCUUCUUCCUGCCUGUUCCCUCCAUCUUUCCGCCGCAUCGCCUUGACCCCGACGGACUCUUUGCUCACCUGGAGGAGAAACGAGAGGAGGCGCCAUCCCUCACUUUACCCGCUGAGGAGGGUCUGGAGAUGAGCAUCCCUCCAUCAGAUUAG